AUGUCCCGAACCUCGGCGGCGCAUCAGCAGCAGCAGCAUCAGUGGCGGCGGCGGCGGCGGCAGCAUGGCCAAGUGUUCGUCCGGCAGGUUACCGCGGCAAACCUCGUCCACGAGCUGUCCACGAUCCGCGGCCUCCUGGAGAGGUACCCGUACGUGACCGUGCACGCGGAGCACCACGGCGCCGGCGGCGACGAGGAGGGCAACAACCUGCCGCCCGGCGUGCGCAUCGACGACCUCCCGGCCGCGUCGCGGUACGCGCUGGCGAAAGUCGACGUCGACUCCUCGGUCCCCUACUCCCAGCUCGGCAUCACGCUGUGCGACGCCAACGGGAAGCUCCCCGUGCUGCCCGCCGGCACCGCCGCCGCCACCGGGCAGUCCGUGUGGCAGGUCGGGCUCCACGACCGCGACUCCGUCUCCGUCUCCGGCUCCGGCUCCGGCUCCGGCGGCGCGAGCAGCCUGAGCAUGAGGGUGUUCGCGCACGCGCUGUUCGCCACGCGCGUGGUGUCGUCCGCCGAGACCGCCGCCGACGCCGGCGUCACGUGGGUCGCGUACGGCGGGCUCUACCACCUCGGGUUCCUGCUCAAGGUGCUCACCGGCGGCGCGCGGCUGCCGGACACCAAGGAGGAGCUCCUGGCGUCGCUGAGAGCGUACCUCGGCGACAGGGUGGUGGACGCGAGGUACGUGGCGGCGCGGCUGGGCCUGGAGGGCGCUCUCACGCGCGUGGCGUCGCUGCUCGGUGCGCCGGCGGCGACGGAGCCGUGGCAGGCCGGCGAGCGGAGCCUUGUCGCGUGCCAGGUGUUCAUGCGCCUCAAAGGCCUCUUCUUUGCAUGGGACGACACCAUAGACGUGCAUGCUGGCUGUAUCCAUGGCUUGCAAUCAACGACGUCGUCGAGCUGA